AUGGCUUCUUCUUCUUCAGUCGCGUUGAAUUCCAAAAUUUAUUACAAUAGGAUAACCUACUCGGUGCUGGAGAAAACUCCGUUGUCUUCUUCUCAACAUGUUUCAGUGAGCUUUCCAUUCGAAGGCUUUUCAAGGAGAGUUUUGUCGAACGAACUUCGGUGUCGUGGAGUUGUAGUGAGAGCAUCAUCCACUGGAAUAAUUGAGCCAAAGGUGGUGGAUGAUCGAACCGCCGUCGGAGAAAAAGGUAGGGUUUUGAGAGUCGGGCUAAUUUGCGGUGGCCCUUCUGCUGAACGUGGAAUCUCACUCAACUCAGCUAGAUCAGUCCUCGAUCACAUUCAGGGGGAUGAUUUGCAUGUGAGCUGCUAUUACAUUGACUGCAACCUCAAAGCAUAUGCAAUAUCCUCUGCUCAGGUGUACUCGAACACUCCUGCAGACUUUGAUUUCAAACUUGAAACCCUUGCUCAAGGUUUUCAGUCACUUUCUGACUUCGUUGAACACCUGUCCACCUCCAUGGACAUAGUUUUUCCUGUUAUACAUGGCCGUUUCGGUGAAGAUGGUGGUAUUCAAGAAAUAUUGGAAAAGGCAAACAUUCCAUUUGUUGGGACCAAGUCAAGUGAAUGCCGCAAAGCUUUUGAUAAAUAUGAUGCCUCUGUGGAACUUGACAAACUAGGAUUUGUGACUUUACCCAGUUUCCCAGUGCAGGGAAUUGAAUUGGAUGAAACUGACCUAUCAAUGUGGUUUACUAGAAAUCAUCUGGACACGGAACGAGGAAAAGUUGUGGUAAAGCCAACAAGAGCAGGAUCAAGUAUUGGGGUUUCAGUUGCUUAUGGUGUUACUGAUUCUCUUAGAAAGGCUAAAGAACUUAUUUCAGAGGGAAUUGAUGAUAAAGUCCUUAUUGAAAUUUUUCUCGAAGGAGGGAGUGAAUUUACAGCCAUAGUUCUUGACGUGGGCUCUGGUUCUGAUUGCCAACCUGUGACCCUUUUGCCAACAGAGGUGGAACUUCAAUCUCAUGGAAGUGUUGAUCUAAGUGAAAAGGAUGCUAUAUUCAAUUAUAGGCGGAAAUAUCUCCCAACGCAGCAGGUUGCUUACCACACUCCACCUCGAUUCCCAGAAGAUGUAAUUAGAAAUAUUCGCGAAGGAGCUUCUUUAUUAUUUCAAGCACUUGGCCUUCGUGAUUUUGCUAGAAUUGAUGGUUGGUUUCUGCCUCAUUCUGCUCAUAGUUCUGAUUCUGAAGGCAAUAAGUUUGGAACAUCUCAGUCGGGCACAAUAGUAUUCACAGAUAUUAAUUUGAUUAGUGGAAUGGAGCAGACAAGUUUCUUAUUUCAACAAGCUUCAAAGGUUGGAUUCUCACAUUCUAAUAUCCUUCGGACCAUAAUCCGACGUGCUUGCUCGCGGUUUCCAAAUCUUCUGGAAUUCAAUAUUGUGUCUACCUCUUUUAGAAGAUCAAAAUCUUCCCUAGUUAAUGAAGCUUUUCCAAAACAUCAAGACGUGCGGAAGAUCUUUGUUAUUUUUGGUGGAGAUACUUCGGAACGGCAAGUGUCACUCAUGAGUGGAACUAAUGUCUGGCUUAACCUGAAUGCAUUUGAUGAUCUUGAUGUAAUACCAUGUUUGCUUGCCCCUACAAGUGGUAAUUUAUCCCAUCUGAAUUCUGACAAGACAGAAUCGGGAGCAAGCUCCAGGAUAGUUUGGUCACUACCUUAUUCAGUUGUCCUUAGACAUACAACAGAAGAAGUUCUUGAUGCUUGUAUUGAAGCAAUUGAACCUGUCCGGGCAGCAUUGACAUCUCGCUUGCGGAGCCAAGUAAUGGAUGAUAUCAUGGAAGGCUUGAAGAAACAUGAAUGGUUCAGAGGGUUCGAUAUAUCUGACGAAUUACCUAAGAGAUAUACUCUGGACCAGUGGAUCAAGGAAGCUAAGAAAAUUGGGGCUGCUGUUUUUAUUGCAGUGCAUGGAGGCAUAGGUGAAGACGGCACGCUCCAGUCAUUGUUGGAGGCUGAAGGAGUCUCUUAUACAGGCCCUGGCGUCAAGGCUUCCAAGACAUGUAUGGAUAAAGUUGCUACAUCCCUUGCUCUCCAACAUCUUGCAGAGUAUGGAGUCCUCACAAUAAAUAAGGAUGUCCGGAGUAAAGAGGAUUUACUGAAAAUUCCUCUACAUGAUAUUUGGCGUGACUUGACAUCAAAGCUUCAGUGUGAAACAUUAUGUAUUAAACCAUCUAGAGAUGGUUGCUCGACUGGAGUUGCAAGAUUAUGUUGUGAUAAGGAUCUCAUGGUAUACAUAAAAGCACUGGAGAGUUCUCUUCCUCGAAUUCCUCCUAAUAGUUUCACGAAGGCUCAUGGAAUGAUUGAAAUGCCAAUCCCAACUCCAGAACUCUUAAUCUUUGAACCUUUUACUGAAACCGACGACAUAGUUGUUUCGUCCCAAUCAAGUGAUGAAAAUACACACAAUCUUCUAUGGAAAGGAAACAGCAGAUGGGUAGAGGUAACAGUUGGUGUUGUAGGAAAACGUGGAUCGAUGCAUUCAUUGACUCCUAGCAUUACCGUGAAAGAAACUGGAGAUAUAUUGUCACUCGAGGAGAAAUUUCAAGGUGGAACUGGCAUCAAUUUGACUCCACCACCCAUCUCUAUAAUAAGCGAUGGUGCCUUGGAGAAAUGUAAACAGCGAAUUGAACUAAUAGCAAACACCCUACAGUUGGAAGGAUUUUCGCGUAUUGAUGCAUUCGUUAAUGUUGACAGUGGCGAGGUGUUGAUCAUCGAAGUAAACACCGUUCCUGGGAUGACACCUUCCACUGUCUUAAUUCAUCAGGCACUGGAAGAGCAACCUCCCAUUUAUCCUCAACGGUUCUUCCGCACACUGCUUGACUUGGCCUCGGAGAGUUCUGUCAAAAAUGACUAUACAUACAAAUUAUAG